UCGUCUUCGGAAAAAGAAAAAAAGGUACUCGCCCAACCCGAUCCGAUCCCCAAAUCCCCACGUCUCAUGGCGGCGAGCCUGUGGCAGGCGGUGAUGGGCACCGGCGCGCCGUCCGCUGACGCCGACUCCUCGGGCAGCGUGGAGUUCUGGCGCUCCCCGGAGCGCGUGGGAUGGCUGAACAAGCAGGGUGAGUACAUCAAGACGUGGCGGCGCCGGUGGUUCGUGCUGAAGCAGGGGAAGCUCUUCUGGUUCAAGGACUCGACCGUCACGCGCGCCUCCGUGCCCCGCGGCGUCAUCCCCGUCGCCUCCUGCCUCACCGUCAAGGGCGCCGAGGACGUGCUCAACCGGCCGUAUGCCUUCGAGCUCUCCACCCCGCGGGAGACCAUGUACUUCAUCGCCGACUCCGAGAAGGAGAAGGAGGAGUGGAUCAACUCCAUCGGCCGCUCCAUCGUCCAGCACUCCCGCUCCGUCACUGACGCCGAGGUCGUCGACUACGACAGCCGUCCUCCCGGCGCUGCCGACGACAGGUGAUCGAUUCUUCGGUUGAUUGGUGAGCCAAAGGACCGGUGACACUGUAACUUUACAGCAUCUCCGUGUUACUUAUUUCGCGGAUAUGAUCUGCGCAUUUGUAUAAUAUUGAUGAUCAUCGGGAAUAAAUUUUGGAUCUCGAUGUACAGCGUGCUCUCUGAUACA